AUGACUGAAGAAGCAUGCCGAACACGGAGUCAGAAACGAGCGCUUGAACGGGACCCAGCAGAGGAUGAUGUGGAAAGCAAGAAAAUAAAAAUGGAGAGAGGAUUGUUGUCUUCAGAUUUAAACACUGACGGAGACAUGAGAGUGACGCCUGAGCCAGGAGCAGCCCCAGCCCAAGGGUUGCUGAGGGGGGCAGAGGUGACGACCAUGGGCAGAUGCGAAGGGCAGGCGGGUGACGGGCCCGUGGACAUGCGUACCUCAUACAGUGACAUGAAGUCUGAGAGGAGAGCCCCCUCUCCUGAUGUGAUUGUGCUCUCUGACAAUGAGCAGCCUGCAAGCCCAAGGGUGAAUGGGCUGACGAAGGAGGCCUUGAAGGAGACCAGUACCGAGGCCCUCAUGAAAAGCAGUCCUGAAGAACGAGAAAGGAUGAUUAAGCAACUGAAAGAAGAGUUACGAUUAGAAGAAGCAAAACUCGUUUUAUUAAAAAAGUUGCGGCAGAGUCAAAUACAAAAGGAAACUACCGCCCAGAAGCCCACAGGCUCUGCUGGGAGUGCCGUGACCACCCCUCCCCCGCUUGUGCGGGGCACCCAGAACAUUCCUUCUGGCAAGCCAUCCCUUCAGACCUCUUCAACAAGAAUGCCUGGCAGUGUCAUCCCACCACCCCUGGUCCGCGGCGGGCAGCAGGUGUCCUCGAAGCUGGGGCCACAGGCGAGCUCACAGGUCGUCAUGCCCCCACUCGUCAGGGGGGCUCAGCAAAUCCACAACAUCAGACAACAUUCCAGCACGGGGCCGCCGCCGCUCCUCUUGGCUCCCCGGGCGUCUGUGCCCAGUGUGCAAAUUCAGGGACAGAGGAUCAUCCAGCAGGGCCUCAUCCGCGUCACCAACGUCCCCAACACCAGUCUGCUUGUCAACAUCCCACAGCCUUCCCCAGCGUCGCUGAAAGGGACGACAGCCACCUCUGCUCAGGCCAACUCCACCCCCACCAGCGUGGCCUCUGUGGUCACUUCUGCUGAUUCUCCAGCCAGCCGUCAGGCAGCUGCCAAGCUUGCGCUGCGCAAACAGCUGGAGAAGACGCUGCUUGAAAUCCCCCCUCCCAAGCCCCCUGCCCCGGAGAUGAACUUCCUACCAAGCGCUGCCAACAACGAAUUCAUCUACCUGGUUGGCCUGGAGGAAGUGGUGCAGAACCUGCUAGAGACCCAAGGUGAGAUGUCGGCCGCUGCUGUUCUGUCCCGGGAGCCCUACAUGUGUGCGCAGUGCAAGACGGACUUCACGUGCCGUUGGCGGGAGGAGAAGGGUGGUGCCAUCAUGUGCGAGAACUGCAUGGCAUCCAACCAGAAGAAGGCACUCAAGGUAGAGCACACGAGCCGGCUGAAGGCUGCUUUUGUGAAGGCUCUGCAGCAAGAGCAGGAGAUUGAGCAGCGCCUCCUGCAACAGGGUGCCGCCCCCGCACAGGCCAAGGCUGAGCCUGCCGCCGCCCCACACCCCGCGCUAAAGCAGGUCAUAAAACCCCGGCGUAAGUUGGCGUUCCGCUCAGGAGAGGCCCGCGACUGGAGUAACGGGGCUGUGCUACAGGCCUCCAGCCAGCUGUCCCGGGGCUCGGCCACAACGCCCCGUGGUGUCCUGCACACGUUCAGCCAGUCACCCAAACUGCAGAAUACAGCCUCAGCCACAGCCCUUGUCAGCAGGACCGGCAGACAUUCCGAGAGAGCUGUGAGCACUGGCAAGGGCAACACCUCCACCAACUGGAAGAAGGCACCCCUGAGUACAGGCGGGGCCCUUGCGUUUGUCAGCCCGAGCUUGGCAGUGCACAAGACCUCCUCAGCUGUGGACCGCCAGCGGGAGUACCUCCUGGACAUGAUCCCGCCACGCUCCAUCCCCCAGUCAGCCACGUGGAAAUAGUGCGAGCCGGGCCCAGUGGAGAACAGGCUCCCUCCUCCCUCCCACCUGGCCCUGCCACCCUCCACUCGGGAAGACCUCAUACUCCCUGAGAAAC